AUGUAUAAGUCUUCAACAUCUUUGACCUUAAAAAGCGAUCCAAAAAUUACUGAAAGAUCAAUAUAUACUAUGAAAACUAUUAGAACAGAAAGGGAAAGUUCUAUUUAGAAAAGAAUAGUAGAAAAUGCUGAAAAAUAAUCACGAACUCGUGAAAAUCAACACAAUUACUUUUAUUGUAAUGAAAACAACUUAGACUACAAUAAUAAAAUACAAUAAAUUACAAAGAAUACUAAUCAUUAGGGAAUUAAUGAUACUGAGAAGAAUUAGAAAAAAAAAGAAACGAAACUUAUUACUUAGAUGAUGUAUACUAAUUAGUUAUAAUAAAAAUAAAAGGAAUUCAUUAAAUUAAUAACAAUUUGCAUUUGUUUACUAAUGAUAUCUGUAAUCAUCUUUCAUAAAAAAGAACCACAGCAGAUUAAAAGCUUAUUUUGA